AUGGCAACAAAGGAAGAUAAAACUGAGCAGCCUAAUUGGGAUGACAGCGACGAAAGUACCGAUUCUGGAAGGUCGGAGGCGGAGGCCACUCACUAUAGAAUUUUCCGAUGCCAGUUGUGUGGCAAGCCUAUAGGUGAGGGGCCUAAGAAGAAGAAGACCAGCACGACGGCGUAUGCGGCUACCUGUGGCCACCAAGUUCAUAAAAAAUGCGUCGAGAAGAAGAAUACGCCGGUGCCAGGUGAUUGCGUCGUGGCUGGAUGUCGUAAAAAAGGAAAAAACGAAGAGCUGCUGCGUUCACUAAGCGAGUCACCGCGCGCGGAAGCCGAACAAAUCAGAACCGAGCUAAAUUGCGCGAAAACUGAGAUCGAGCAGCUCAGGUCGGAACUUGCUGAAGUACAGCAGAGAGCCGCGACGUUAGAACAGAAUGCCGCUCUGUUACUCGCGAAUGAAGGUCCCAGGGAGUGGUCAGUCGAAGAACUCUCCGAGGAAGCUUUUGCAGCCGAAGUUGAAAGACGGGUGAACCGAGAAGAACGCGACCGGCGCUACCGGCAGUUUACGGAGAAAAUCGAAGAAAAUAACAUGAACUUUGACGAGGCGCUGCAAGCGAUAGACCGACAAAGAGUAUUCACGCAGGUCGACAAUGCACGGAUGAUGGUUUUAAUCGACAUCGACAGAGAGGUGCUCGAUAGAGAGGUUAGAUUAUCGGAGGUUUUAGAUGGUAUCAGCGUCUUACCGUCGUUAGCAGGUAUCGAGUAUCCGACGAUGCAAAGGAUGAUUGAACUCAACAGACGUCUCGAGCAGCUCGAAAUAAGUUACGACGACGUGUUCGACGUGGUCAACGAUGAAGCUGAGCGAGCGCGUCUGGAAGCCAGAAAGUCGCUGAAAAAGAAAGAAACUACGAAACCGGCGGCGAAAGCGGUAGUUGAGAAGCCUCAAAAGACUGAAGAGAAACCAUCGACGUCGAAAGAGAAGCGGUCUUUGGUCCCGAACACACCAGACGUAAACCUGGACGGAAUCGAGACGGACGGUAAGAGUAACGACGGUGAAAGCCCUCAACUUGAUGAUGAGCGUGCGAAAAGAGAGUCACGUAAAAGAACGAGUACAGAGUCGUCUAAAGAGAGCUCUUCGCCAAAAAGCCCUAAGCUAGAGGAUGUUAUACCGGAUUCGGUUAUUUAUGCUUCGCUAAAAAUUUGUUUAGAAAGAGCAGCGCGAGGUGACCUUAAAGAAAGAAUUCAGAGGAUACUCGACGCGCGUAGCGAAACAGCAGCGGUAAAGACUGAGACGGCCCAAGAUUCCGAAAACGUAGUCAAAAAAUCGCAACCACAGCCGCGGUACGCGACGCCGAAUACACCGGCGUCCGAUUCAGCGAGUCGAUCGCAGCGUAGUACGAGUGAAUCACGGAGGCGCGAUACGAGCACGGGUGAUUCCUCGUCCAAAAAGACAGAUGUAUCGAGUAGCUCGCGUGGAUCAAGAGUAAGCGGUGUCGAGUCGAUCGAAAAGAAGCGGUCGUCGUCGAGUAGCUCGUCCAGCGAUUCGGACUCAAGUUCGUCCGAGUCAACACCGCCGAAGAAGUCUAAAAAAUCGAAAUCGUCAAGAAAGCGAGCAGCGACGAAACGCAAGUCAACAUCGAAGAGUAAAGUGUCACCGAAGAAGAAAAAAGUUACGUCGACAAAAAAGAAACUGGCGACGAAACGUAAACCGGCGACGACGAAACCGGAGGUCAAGCGUAAACUACCAGUAGCGAAAGACGAGACGCCGGAAAUGCCGCCUGAAGGAGUGAAAACUCGUAGCCAGACACGAAGCGAGUCGAAAUCGGUGGAGGAAGGUUGUGAUAUAGAUUGA